UAAAACUCUAAACUAAAACUGAUCAAGUUUGCCCCUUAUCCUGUAAUACUUCUUACUUUCACUAAUGUUAUAAUAUUUUGACAUCACAUUGAAAAUAUUGACAGUAGACUGAGUGUGUGCACAAAAUCCCAGUGAUUUCAUAAUACUUAAUUUAAUACAAUGUGUCUUCCUCAAGUGAACAGGGUUAUUUUUGUCUACUUUUGUAAUUGCUGUUUCAGUUUUGAGAGACGUAGCAGUAGAAAGCUAACCUGUUUCGUGGACGAGCAUGAUUGCUGGUAGCUGGUAGCAUGGCUUCUUUGUAUGAUUCUAUUCUUCGCAAGCUGCUGCCAGACUUUGAUGAGGACAGAGACGACAAGAGAUACAAAAGUUCAGCAUCGGCAGUGAGACCCCCCAGCAUGCAGGACUACGUGGAGCACCGACUGACAGAGCUGCACUACUCGGCAAAAGACUACCGAUUCUGCCCGAAACUCUUCGGCAUCAUCACAGCAGUUCUGCUCAUCGUACUAAUGCCUUACAUUCACAUCGGUGUGUUCUAUAUGAAGAUCUGGGUCCCUGACAAGCCACCUAUUGAUAAGCGAGAGUGCACCUGUUCCUGUUUUGACACAAUCUUCCGAGGUCAAUAUGAGACGCCGGGACCCACUCCGUAUAAGCACGUGUAUUUCAACUCGACGGCAACCACUUUCAAGAUCUGGGUCCUGACCGUCAUCUUCAUCCUGCUGUGCUACGAGAGUGUCAAGUAUCUGGUGAACGUCUAUCAAACCUCAAGCUUCCGGCGUAACUGGCUGAUACUCUACCUCAUCAACAUCUACCCCCACUACUACACGUGGUGGAGUUUCUUCAGCUAUUACAACGAGCAGUUCUUCACCUUCUUCAGCCAUCACAUGUUCUUCUCCAUCACUGAGCUGAUAGUCACGGCCAUUGUGUUGAAUCUCUGCAGCAGGAAGAAUGAGACGAAGACAUGGAAGAUCAUGGCCAUCCUGGCAAUCAGCCUGGUGCACAUCAUCGUCUCCGGCACGGACCAGUUCAUCGCGCAGUUCCUCCAAGGUCAGGGCCGCAACUUUCAGAACGCGCGCAACAUCGGGCUGAUGAUCCCAGACGUCCUGCACGUGGUGAUCCCGGCCUACGAGUUCCACCAGCACCUCAAGCGCAGCAACCGGCCGCUCUCGGAGCAGUGCUUCAAGGAGGAGAUCAUCUUCUUCGUCCUCUUCAUUUCCCUGGGCACCUUGUUUGGCCGGCUGAUGUGAUGGGGGGAAACGUAGCAGACUUUUUGCGACCUUGUCCGACUGUUCACGACCUCAGCGCUUUCUUCUUGUAUACCUCCAUUUUUUAAACUGUGAAAAUGUGACAUCUUCUUAAGCUCACAAUUUGUUAUGGACUGGUUUCACUGUUAUUAAAAAUGGAGAUACGACACGAAAGCACUGGGGGUCAGACUGUUGUCACCAAGACAGACUUCUGUGACCUUGACAGAUAAUGGAGAUCUUGACAUGAUGUUGAAUGACCUUGACAAAUUAGUGUGACUUUUUUACUUUAACUGAAUGACUAUUACUAUCAUA